CAGCUGUACCUCACUGUGGAUCUCACUGUGUGUGCAAGAGCAGCAAAAGAAUCGCGAUCGUGUGAAACAUUUAGUAUCCUAACGGAACGAAAGGACUUUACGGGCAGUGAUAGUGUGUAACUUGUGUUAUAAAGCAAGAAAACGAUAUUAGUUUAGAUCCCGCUUCAUCACUUGGAAGGUUGUGAAAAAUGCGUGCGAUAGUGCUAAUUUCGGUCCUGUGCGCAGGACUUGCGGUCGCUUUCCCGCAGCAAGCCAUAGAUCCUGCCUACCUGCGUCAGUAUUAUCAGCAGAUUGCGCAACAGGCCGGUGCUCAGGGCGGUUCGGCUCAGGCCCGUGCCGAUGCAACUCCGAUCUACGAACAGGGAGCUCAAGAACAGCAACACGUGCCACAGUACGUCCACCAGCAGCAACAUCAGCAGCAAGGACAACAGGUGAGGUUUCGUAGUGUUGUUUUGUCGUUCUAUAAUUCCCAACAGAUUCAAAAGCAGUACCAGCAGCCACAACAGGCUCGACAGUAUCAGCCCCAAUAUCAACCGCAGCAAAUCCAAUACGUCCAGGAACAGCAGUAUGCUCAGCCCAAGCAGUUGAAGGUUUCCAAGCCUCGUCCGGCCCAGGAGUACCAGAAGCACAUCGAUGGAGAAGAUGCGGAUUUUGAUCACAAUCCAAACUACCAGUUCGGCUUCGACGUCAAGGAUGACGAGUUCACCAACUACCAGAACCGUCAGGAACAGCGUGAAGGAAACGUCAUCAAGGGUAGCUACUCGGUCGUCGACUCCGAUGGAUUCAUCCGUACCGUUACCUACACGGCCGAUCCGAAGGAAGGCUUCAAGGCCGAAGUCAGUCGUCAGCCGACCGACAUCGUCGUCAAGACCCCCAAACCAAAUACGGAUUGGCAGCAGUCUCAGAUCCAGCACCAGCAGCAACAUCAGCAGCAACAGCAGCAGCAGCAGCAACACCGUCCCCAGCAGCAACCGCAAAAAGCCCGACCGGACUAUACCCAAUACCAGUAGGGUAGGCUAGCGGGAAGAAAAGGCUGAUGAUAUACAACAAGACUUAUCCUAUACAUAUUUCCUCUUCGUAGAAACAACAAU